AGAUAGUUGAUGGUUAUUGGUGGGGUUAAAUGGAAUAAAUAUAUUUAACAAGCAAUAUUUCACAGUAGUUGAUAACGCAUUCGUAGCCAUGAACAUCAAUUUUGUGGGAAAACGUAUUCUUGUAACAGGAGCUGGACGAGGUAUUGGCAAAGAUUUAGCUCUUCGUCUUUCCAAAUAUGAAGGUCAAGUAAUAGCGUUGUCCAAGAAAAAAGAGAAUCUAGAUAAGCUAUGUAAAGAAGAUCCUCGUAUUCAGUUUAUUUGCGUCGAUCUCAGCGAUUGGAACGCCACCAGGAAAGCCGUUGAAAGUGUGUUACCUAUAGAUCUCUUAGUAAAUAAUGCCGGUGUUGCACAUCUUAAUUCUUUCUUCGAUGCUACACCAGAAGAUUUUGAUUUAACAUUUACAGUAAAUGUGAAAGCUAUAUUGAAUGUUUCUCAGAUAGUCGCAAAAAAUAUGAUUGAAAGAAAAGUUGGUGGUAGUAUUGUUAAUAUUUCUUCGCAAGCCAGCCAAGCAGCUUUGAAGGAUCAUGUUGUCUAUUGCGCUUCGAAAGGAGCAGUAGAUAUGUUGUCUAAAACAAUGGCUCUUGAGCUUGGUCCCUAUAAUAUUCGAGUGAAUACCGUGAAUCCUACAGUGAUUUUGACGGAAAUGGGAAAAUUAGGUUGGAGUGAUCCGAAAAAAGCACGAACUAUGUUAGACAAAAUACCAUUAGGUCGAUUCGGCGAAGUGUCCGAGGUAGUGGAUGCGAUAGUGUAUUUAUUAAGCAAUCACAGCUCGAUGAUUAAUGGAAUUACAUUGCCAGUGGAUGGUGGAUUUUUAGCAACAUAAUUGCAUAAAUCAAUAUCAUUUAUUUUUAUAUUUAUAUUAUUUUUAUAUAAUAUAUAUCAUAUAUUUAUAUUAUUUAUAUAAAUUUUAUAUAUUUCAUAUUUUUUUAAUUUUAGAAAAAAAUAAUUUUAUAAGAUAAAAAAAUAUUAUAUACAAUUGAAAUACAAUUCAAAUAAGUAUCUUUGCGUUUAAUAUUAUAACUUUUGUUUUACGUUUUGAGUCUUAUUAAAAUUUUAUCGAAUAUUGAAUAUAUAUUGAAUAUAGGAGAGAAAACAAGGUUUUGAAUGAAAAGAAUGAAAGAGAAGAGAGAAAAAAAAAAGAUCAACACAGUUAUUCGUUUAUCUCGUUUAAUUUAAAAAACGCUUCGUUUCUUCUUUUUUCAUUAUUUAACUAGAAUUCGGUGAGCAAACGGUGAGGGAACGGCGUUGAAACAAUGAACGUCUCGCCGUCGAAAGAAAACUCGUUUAUUUCCCGAAAAUAUUUAAAGACGAGACGUGUCAUUGUUUCAUCGAAGUCCCCCCCCAUCGCCGCCAUUUCCGGUUUAAAACAAACAUUUCGUUUUUUUUUUUGGGCUCUCUUUCUAAUUCAAUAAUUAUUUGAAUCCCUACAGUGAACAUAAAGUGGCGGAGAAAAACGCGAAAUUAAACAACUGCCUGCACAGGUAAGAAACUGGUUUCAAACUGAUUCAGACAUUGUUGCAUCUGAUUCGAUUCACAUCUCCUUUCGCGCAUCAACGUUACGAGCGAAGCAUUUCCAUUUCCAAAAUUAACCCUUUAUGCCAUUAAUAAUAAUUCUUAAUCGUUUUCGCAAAAAUUGUUUCGCAGCCACUCGAUCAAACGGGGGAAAAAAGAUUGACUAAAUAAAAUGAAAAUAAAAAAAAAAAGGAAUAAGAAAAAAGAAAGCAAAAAAAAAAUUAACAAGUAAAACGGACGAUCGCCUUAGUUUCACUUUUCUCACUUUCCUUAAGAGUUUUUUUAUAUAGCCUUCUCUUUUGUAUUAUAUAAAAAAUUAAUUAUAGACCAUAUCAAGUGUCUUUCGUAAAUUUCAAAAAAUACAUGAUUACACGUUCGCAGAUUAAGAAUCACUAUUCUACGAUUCGAUAGAGUACAAGUAUUAAAAUCGAUUAACACGUAGAAACGCUUGUUUCAUCCUCAAUGCACCUUCGUGUUAUUCACGCUACUCGGGAAUCUCCAAAGAGUACGGCGGUUAUUAAAUAGCUGCCUUAUUUUUGAUUAUUAUUAUUAUUAUUAUUAUUAUUAUUAUUAUUAUUAUGUUCGGAGAAUGUCAUUUUGUGUACGCACUGUUCUUAUGGCCCUUGUUUCCAUCACUCAUCAUAAAGGAUUAACUUCAAGACAUGCAUUAGGCUAUCAAAAGAAAAAAAAAAAAAGAAAAAGAGAGAGAAGAAACGGAGAAAAAUA